AUGCUUGGCCCUACACACAUCCACAUUUCCUCCCAGCCUCGCCCUGACGCGGUGGCCUUCCCGAGCGCGUUGCACUACGCGCCUGUCGUGGGCGGGGGAGCACAGGCUGGGUACAGCGCCUACGGGUCCCUCCCUACACCACCACGUAGCUUCUCGGAAAUCGACACCCUUUCGGUAGGUGAAGUCGACCGUAUUCUUGCUGACGAGGACGCACUAGACCACUUCUUCGAGUCCCUUCAGGCGGUCAAAGCUCUCAGAGCGCACCGAAAUCAGCUCCGCGAUCACAACGAACAACUCGCCCACGACAACCUGAGCAGGGAGAAGGAGCUGCGGGAGCUUCUUGUAGACGUUGCCCUGGUGCAGGACAAGCUGGCCAACAAGCGACACACCCUCGAGUCUCUCCUACGGAGGCAGGAGGAGAUUGCACACAGCUAUGGCAGCGGUCUCCCAGCCAAACUGAAGGAAGCUGCCGCCCAAGCUGAGGCUGAAUCAGAGAUGAUCUCCCAGGACUUUGUAGAGGGACGCUCCACAGCACAGGAAUUUGUCAAGUCCUUUCUGGCCAAGCGACAACACUACCACCUCCGUAGCAACAAGCAUGAAGCCCUCCUUCACUCACUGCCCUCUCAUCACUGA